AAGUUUCUGAAGGGAUGACAGAAACAAGAAGCCAGGGAGAGAGACCCACGCUCUGUUUGGGCUGGAUGUGCCUUUGGCUUGCCACAGGAGUGAGAAGUACAGGAUUUGAUCUUUCAGGCUGUUCCACCCAGAAACUCCUUUGGAAAUAUUCUGCAAAGAGUGAGGAGUUUGUCUUAUUUUGUAACUUCACACAGUUGCAGAAAUCAAAUUUCUCCCACAGACAUCAACAAGGCCCAGAAGAGCCACGUUGUAGCAGUAGUUCUGAUCUCCAGUGGUACUUUCAAUCGCAGAAUGGAGGGACAUUGGAGAAACUUACUAACAAGUCCUCUCACAUCGCCAUUCAGGACAAGGACAUGCUUCACAUUUUGACCCCAGAGAUAAAUAACACUGGCUCAUACAUUUGCAGACCCAGGUAUGUCCCAAAUACAUUGAGCCCCCAAGAUGUGGUGUGUUGUGUCAAGAUAAUUGUAGAAGUUAAGCCUCAGCUACUUAGACACUGCAGAGACGCAGCACCACAAAUGCAGUACCUCAAGCUUGGUACUGCUGACUACAUUUCUUGUCCCAGUCUCAACUGUCAAAGUCAAGAUGCACCAAGGCCAGAAAUGACCUGGUUCAAGAAUGGAAAUCUCCUCUCUGAAGAAAAGAACAAUCCCAUUCAAGUGAAUGAUGUAUUUGUCCAUGACCAGGGCAUGUAUGUGUGUGAUUACACUGAAUCAGAUAAUGCUAGUUCAUGGAUCGUUAGAGCGGUUGCUCAAGUGAGAACCAUCCCUGAAGACACUAAGUCCAAACCAGACAUAGUGGAUCCCAUCGAGGACGUCAUGGUAGUAGAGCUUGGAAAGCCUUUAACCCUGUCCUGCAAAGCACGGUUUGGCUUCCAAAGGGACUUUCGACCAGUCCUAAGGUGGUACAGCCAGGAGUCUAGCCGGGAAUGGGAAGUCCCACUGUGUGAGGAGAAAAGAAUUCAACUGGCUCCCAAGGAAGAAGAAAUUGAAAGUGUUAUCUGCUUGAAAGAAGUCAUAAAGAAACAUCUCAGCAGCAAGUUUGCUUGCUUUGCCCAGAACUCCAUUGGCAAUGUGACCAAGACCAUCCAACUGAGGGAAAAGAGGGGAGUGGUUUUUGUGUAUGUCCUGCUCGUCACCAUCAUCACCCUGGUGGCCUUGCUGGUGGCAGGGGUUCUCCUCUACAUCUACUGGAUUGAAAUAGUGCUGCUCUGUCGAACCUACCAGAACAAGGAUGAGACGCUCGGGGAUAAGAAGGAAUUCGAUGCUUUUGUGUCCUAUGCGAAAUGGAGCUCUUUGGAAAACGAGGCCUCUUCUGAUCUGAGUGAGGAGCACUUGGCCCUGAAUCUGUUUCCUGAAAUCUUGGAAAACAAAUAUGGAUAUAGUUUGUGUUUGCUUGAAAGAGAUGUGGCCCCAGGUGGAGUGUACGCAGAAGACAUCGUGAGCAUUAUUAAGAAAAGUCGAAGAGGGAUAUUCAUCCUGAGCCCCAACUAUGUCAGGGGGCCCACUGUUUUUGAACUGCAAGCGGCGGUGAAUCUUGCCUUGGAUGAUCAAACACUGAAACUGAUUUUAAUUAAGUUCUGUGCCUUCCAGGAGCCCGAGUCUCUACCUCAUCUUGUCAAAAAAGCCCUCAGGGUUUUGCCCACCGUCACGUGGAGAGGUUUAAAAUCAGUGCGCCCCAACUCCAGGUUUUGGACCCAAAUGCGCUACCACAUGCCCCUGAAACACUCCAAAGGCGGCCAGAGUAACCGUCUGGGCCUCUUCCAUGGAUGGGAAAGGCCUGGCUUACACCUUUGGUUUCCCCGUCAGGACAGAGGGAGAUGA